GGAAGCACCGCCCGGGGAGGGCGGCGGGGCCGGGGAGCGGCGCGGUGCCGGCGCAGCUGGCUGACUCCUUCCUAGCCCUUGCACAGCCAUCUCACCCUUACUGUCCCUUGCAUGACCACCUACCCCUUCUUCCUCACAGCACAGCCAACAAAUUCCAGCUCUCUUCUCAAUCGCCUAACCCACUCCUGUAUAACACCCAUCCUUAUUGGCUGUAGCUGUGGCCUAUUAAGGGCAGGCCUUAUUGGACACAGCUGUGGCCUAUAAAGGGCAGGGCUGUUCCUACUCUUUGGUAAUUAGUACAGCUGCAACUGCUCAGGGGUGAGAUUGCCUUCAGCGCUGUCUCUAUUCUCCUACAAUCCAUCCUCCCACACCAGGGUGAUUCAAGACUGGGCACAAGAUGAAGGAAUCCUGUGGACUUUUCACACUUCAUACUACCCCCAGGCAAAUGAAGUUGUUGAAUGCACCAGUGGAUUCUUGAAGAGGAACCUGAAACCUCAUGAACCUGAAUGGGCAGGUGGAUGUCAAAUGGGGUACAUAGAGUCAGUAGCUUCUGGGGAGUUAAUGGAUGCCUAUAACUCACAGCCUUUUGUCUUCAUCCCCACCCAUGCUCCCUGGAACAAAAGAAACUAAAGACCCUGUGAAUCCUCUCCAUUAGUUAGGACAGCUGGUUUUGGCAGAAUUACCAAGGGUGGGGUUGGUACCCCUGAGCUUAAAAAAGCCACUUAACUUGCGUGCCAGGUGGUGGUUUGUUCCCUCAUUUUAAUCAUGUUUUGUUUUUAUGCAUGUAUAUGUUUUACAGAUUAUCUGAAAUCCACUGCUGGACAUAUGCUUUCAACUCUUGAGUGGACGGAUCAUUUUGUGUAUUUUUUAAUUUGAUUUUGCUAAGUCUAUUUUGCCUUUUCACUAGCAAAAAAAUGGUUUGGGAAAAGUUUUUACUCUUAUGUUAUGGAUGUAUGAUUCUGUCUCAAGCAACUGAAAAUCAGAGUACUGAACCAAAUUUAGCUUGGGAGUUGAUACAAGGAUUUAUGCAUAUUUGGAAUCAUACAAAUCAAGGAAUAUGUAUUAACCUCCCCAACUCUGCAUCAGAGGGGUUUAGAUUUAUGAUGAUUUGGUUAAAUUUUUCGGAAAUAUUAACGAGAGAACUGGAUAAUCUUAAAAAACCCGGAGGAAAUGUUACCUGGGGGAUGGUGGAGUCCUGGUUCCUAGACCAGAAAGAAGGACAACAGUGGGAUCCAAAUGGGACAUGGGUAGAAUACAAGAACGCCUUUUACCAGCUCCCACGGGACUCUACUUGGAGCGAUUUAUGGAAUCAGACAUGCUAUCGGUCAUUAGACACCAACCCUUCUGAGACAUUGCAAAAUGUGACUUCUAUCCCUUGCACGGUGGUACCAUGGUGGGAUUCUCCUGCUGAGGGUCGGUUUUUUGAACAUGAGUACAAUUUACAUUGGGAUGCAGGAUGGUGUAUACAAAUCCCUGAUAACCCAGGAACUGCGCAGCAAGUUAACCGAACAAAUUAUGAGUGGGCCUGGUCUCUGAAACAAAUCUUUGAUCCUAUAUCUACACUACAAUGGGCUUCCAGGGUCCCCACAGGGAAAAUAGUAGAAUGGGAAGUGGAGAAAUCAGACUGUAAGGACCAUCAGACCACACUACCUAAUGGAGAGAGCAUCUGCUGGAAAGUGAGGAACCGUAGAAGCCUUACCCAAAGUAAAUCAGAGACCUCCUUUCUGAAUUGUUCCCGUAUAUUAGAUUGUACCACAGGAGCAGGUGAGCCUAUAGAAACCUGGUACAUCUCGGAACUGAGAACUUUUAUCCGGGACAUGUGUACCUGUUGGGAUUAUCCCAACUAUGGCUAUCUAAACCAAGACACCCGAUGCAAUGGGUCUUAUGAAAAUUCAGAGACAGCACUAUCCUGUGGCAUUCCCAUUACACACGGCCCUGACCAGAGAAGGGUCUGGAAUUCAAGUAGUGAAGCACAGGAAGUUCCCCAAGGUGACCUGUAUCAGUGUUCACAAGCUAAAUAUCCAGCUCCACGGGGAACAGUAUGGGCAUGUUCAGAUGGGAAAAUGUAUUCCCACUUGAACAUGUAUGAUAUGGCUGGACUGCAGUGUACUGUUGGGUUUCCUACCAUGUGUCCAUCUAAAACGUUCAAUUAUACACUUUAUCGUAACAACAAAGUGCGGAGAGAAAUCCACAAUCCAACCGAUGCAAAAGGCUGGAUUCAGGGGAUUCAAGUCCCCGACUAUUACACCUGGGGACAAAAUGUUGCUUUAGACUUAGAAUCAUUUUUUGUGUCCAGUGGAGUUAUCCAGCGGCACAAGUAUGUCUUGGAGAACUUAACUAGGCAAGUCCAUGUGUUAAGCAACUGGACCGGACACUCACUCAGGGAAACGAAUGUGCAGGCCCCACAGGCAUCGGAAAUGGCUCUGCAGAACCGAUUAGCCAUAGAUACGUUGUUGUUGAAAGAGAAUGGAGUGUGUGGGAUGCUAAACCUAACGGAUGGAGAAUGCUGUGUCACUGUCCAUAACGCCAGCACCACCAUAGAAGAGGCACGUCAGAAGAUGAAGGAGAUUGCUGAGCAAACGGGAGAGCUGUUUCAAGCAAUGCAACCCAAGGACUAGUUUGAUGGACUGAGCCUGGAUUGUGGAUCACAUGUAGUAAAGUGCCUUGGAUUUAUGGGAUGUGGAAGGUGGCUUGUGUGCAUUGACCUUAUGAUACUGUGUGGAUUCUUGGGUUUGAUGAUAGGUCAGGAAGUCAUGUCAAACUGUGAUGAGUUCAUUAUGGUUAUAGAGGAAAGGGAUAGAAUUUCUAGCAUGUAUAAUUCCAUACCAUUCAUGUCAUGGCAAGAAUGUGGUUGGAGCAGGAGGAAGUCAGGGGUUGGAAGGGUGGCCAUCUUUUGCUAUGCUUGGGGAUGUGGCUUUUCUGGUUUGGUGCUCAAAGACAGUGCUGGUGAGCCCAAGAGCUGGGGAGCUGCUCCGAGAAAAAGAAAAGAGAGAAAGCAGCAGCAUGGCAGAGCCCAGCUGAGCCAUGUGGAACCCAGGCUGCAGCUGCUGUGACAGCAGCCAGUGGAGCUGCUGCUGGAACUGCCAAGCUCUCCAGUCCCGCUCCCACAAAGUCAGGCCCAGAAGGAGGGUCCUCUGACCUGCUUCAGAGGUCUGUCAAGUUUUGCCUUGUCACUGUUCUUCCACUGUUUUCAGUCUGAGUGGGAAAAGUUAAAUUGCAAGCCUUUCCAACAUUCAAUUUUUAUUUUCGCAUAUACUCUAUGCUGCCCAGCACAGGGCCAGCCAUCAUUUUGCCUUUUUCUAGGAAAACCACACUGGAUGUGGUCUUUGGGAAGUAUUUUUGUUUGUUAAGUAGUGAAUAUCCUUUUGUCUCUCUUUUGUACACUCUUUUAUUAAUAUUGUUGUGU